AUGGGAGAACUCAAUUCCCGGCCAAAGCAGCAUCUUGCAGCCCCUUGCCUUUGGACGAAAAUGAAGGACAUCCGGCAUUUUGCGAGCGGAUCUGACAAAUGCGAAGCUCCAGAUCUAGUUAGCUGGAGACGCUUCUGGCUGGAACCGACGGGCACGAGGGAAUUGUGCGGUGGCGUGCGCGUGGUCGAAGCCAUUGGAAGGGAUCAGCAGCGGCAUUUUCGCGUGGUUGUGCCGAUCGCGAAAAGAGAGACGAAGCGAGAGACGAGCCUGAAGAAGCGAAGAGGAAGAGAAGAGACGAAGAUUGAAGCUGAAGCCCGUCGUCGCUCCGACGCACGUGACCCGCCGUUUCCGUUUUGGGCCGUCAGUUUCGUGCGGACAAGAGGCACUUGGUAUUACUCAAAGAGCAUGGUCCAUUCGAUUCGGCUCAAAACGGGCUCGCGGAAGGUGUCUCCGCCGAACCCGACGUUUAUGAACGAUGAUCAACUCGCGUACUACCUCAAGGACCUUCGAAGUAACCGCCCACCUCGACCUCAUGGCUCACGCCCGCUGCCCACAAAGGAGCCAACUGCCUCUGCCGCCCCAUUGAACCGUGAGCUGCCUCCCAGAGCGUCGUCGGCGCUCUCGAUGUCCAGGCCAGGGGAUUCUACCAGAGCAACCGCCAGUGACCUCUUCCCGCGCUCUUCCAGUGCUCUAUCACAUCGUCGGAAUGUAUCAGAGAUCUCACCACAGAACGGCGAAUGCCCUGGUAUUCCAGAAGACAGUGUGCAUGAACACCCGCGAAACCUAUCGGCGGCGACAUCGCCAAGUGGUCAGUACCGGGAAAAUGGUCGCCGAUGGAUCGAAAGACAGGAUGCACGUUCGCUGCGAAAUGCCCUAGAGGAAAUGGAUCUGCAGGACGACGAACAGCAACUCUACGCUGCAGCUCAGGCAGAGGCCGUUGAUCUAGUCCUACAGCAUCAAAUGCAUGGAUUCCCUGAACAAAACCCCCAUGCUCCCUAUAAUAAUCCGGACUACCCGAACCAGUUUCGCCGGCAUCCGGAGAAAUGGGGACAAUUCGGAGGCCAUGACUCUACCUUGUCACAACCAGAGAGGGAUCGUUCCGUAUCUGAUAGUUCCACCGGAAGCGCCCCUAACAGGUCCUCACUCCCCCCGGGAAAUGCCCCGACAAGGACCGGAGUGCCUCAAGAUAGCACCACGUUGAAAGUGAAGAAAAACUCGUCUGUGAAAAGAACAUCCAAAGUAAAUUUUGCUUUACCAGAAGAUGACAGGCAGCAUAACCCCCAACAGCAGACGUCAUCGAGAAUGUCGAGCGGUGAUUCUUCAAAGGGGUUGUUUAGAAACCCGAGAGAUCGGAUUUAUGAAGAGCUUGAAGAUUCCGAUUCCAAGGACGAAAUCAAAACGAGCGCAUUCGCCCCGAUCACUUCUGCUCUCAGGUUGAAGUCUCGAAAUUCCAUCCCACACGGCGCUCGCCCGCUCCCGGGACAACAUACAACAGGUAGCAAUAUCAAAAAACCGUCAAUUUUUGACGUCUACAGGAAUGCCUCAACUCAAUCCAAAAACCCGCUAUACAAAACAAACGCAUUCCCCACUGCGGCUAAAGCUUCCGGAGGAUCCGAUACAACGCCAACGAAAAAUGGCAUCGAAAUACGAAGUGAUGACAUACGUGCUGCAACUAGUAUGAGAUUCAAGGACCGGAGUUCCAAGCUCCCAAUGCCAUCAGCUGUCAGUGAUCGGCCUGGUCGUCCCAUUGUGAGUUUUGACCCUGACUGGAAAGCUCCAGAUAAGGAAACCCCUGCCGAUUCGGGAAGAGACUCUCGAGGUAGCUUCGGGCGCUCGUCUCCCCGGCCCUCGACUGAGGUUACCCCUGCUUCAUCGAAAAACUCAGUGCCGGCCAUCAGCGUGAACGAAGCUGCCGAUAUCCCUACGAUUAAUAUUGCCUGUGAAGAAUCGACUAAGCCGUCAGUGACCAUAUCGGAGCUCGGCCCGCCCGUCUCUGCACUAACCCCCCAACAGGAUCAGAAGCCCCGAGAACUCCCUGACCCCAAAAAAUAUGCACAGGAUCAACGCGCCAAGAAGACAUUGGCCUUUUCCCGAAACCGCAACAGCCAUAUCACGCCAACAAACAUCAAUGCGCCGGCGGCAGCCUGCGCGGCCUGUGGUCUACCCAUCUCCGGGCGAAUAGUAACAGCUUGCAAUCACCGUCUUCACCCUGAAUGCUUCACAUGCUACCAUUGCAGCACGCCUCUUGAAUGUGUUGCCUUUUAUCAAGAACCGGACUCCAGCACGAGGGUGCGGACAUCUUGUAGGAUCGCUCGUCGUCCCAGGUCGCCGAAAAUGGCUAGCUGCAAGACACCAAUCGAAGGAGAAGUCAUCAUCGCGUGCGGCGCCGAAUGGCAUGUGGGCCAUUUUUUCUGCGCCGAGUGCGGCGACCCGUUCACUCCGAAGACGCCCUUUAUUGAAAAGGAGGGAUACGCAUGGUGUGUGCGGUGCCAUUCUCGGCGCACCGCAGGUAGUUGCAGGGGCUGCAAGAGGCCGGUGCUGGAGGAUGUGGUUGUGACCGCUCUUGGUGGCCAGUGGCAUGAGAAAUGUUUUGUCUGCUGUGAGUGUGGCGACGGGUUUGGACCCGAAGGACGGUUUUUCCUCAGACAGGGGAAGCCUAGAGUCACUGCUAGGGGGAGACAGAUCGGAGGCCCGGUGGAGCUAGCGGCGUGCGAGAAGUGUGAGGCGAGAAGACUGAAGGCUUGA